GCUCUCUGGUACACCAAAGCAGGAAGGAAAGAUGACGUGCAUUUCUCAGCUCGGUAUUCUCAAAACCAAAAGCUUUGCAUUUGUAGGGUGAACUUGAAUAACUGCACAGUCUGACAAAAUACAGGAGAAGCUCCUUGAAGCAAGUACAGCACUGUGUGAAAGUACCGAACAACACCUGUGGUGUGAGCUGAUUAAGUUUGCUUGUUUAUUAACAGGUGUGUGUAUCUCUGCUGUUGCUAACAAAAGGACCAACAUUCAAAAAUAUGCAGGCUAACCAUUCAUCAGCAAAAACAAUUUGAAGUAUAAAAUCAGCUGUUGAUCCAUCCUGUUGCUGCUGACCUGAAAAAACCCAGCUCUGGAGGUCAGUAAAAGCAACAGUAACACAGCUUGACAUCUUUGAAAAUUGCUCUUUAGUAAAAUGAAGCUAACUGUGUACAGAAGCCAUUUCUCUGAACAAUGCAUUUAAUGUCCUGGAAUUUUUUGGAUAGUCCAAAUCCUAUUUUGUUAAAUAUUAUGUAGACAUGAUCAACAACAACAAAAACAGUAUAACCAAUGGCUGAAAAAAUGGACUUACAUUUCCUCAAAGAACUUGAAAGAGAGAAGGUUCUGGAAGUCCUGUACAGAGAUAAGAUACUGCGUGCAGCUGAAGAAGAACGGAUAAGAAAACUGAAGUCUGAGCUCAAAGAAAUUCGCCUCAAGGGUACCAAGAGUUUCAGCCAGCAGUACACAGAUAAGACCUGUGCCCGAUGUCAAAAAUCCCUUGGGAAGAUAUUGAACAGCGGAGCUGUGUGCAAAGGAUGCAGCCACCGAAUCUGUGCCAAGUGCCGUAUCGUCAUGUCUGCCAGGGUGUGGAAAUGCACUGUAUGUUACGCUUAUGGGGACGUGAAAAUAAAAUCUGGAGACUGGUUCUUUGAAGAAAGAGCAAAAAAAUUCCCAAGUAAACAGGAGUCUGUUGGUGAAACAUUAUUAAAAUCCUAUCAAAGACUAAGUAAUAUUGCCAUUGUCCCUCCCACUCCACCUCCUUUUUUUGAGAAUGUGCCCAUAAGCAAUGCUGGGGAGUUGAAACAUUCAAAAGGAUUCAAUAAAUCAGUAGAAAACCUGUUCUUUUCACUCACAACCCACAUGAAAAAAAUCUCCAAGUCCCAUAAUGAUGUGACAGUAAACCAAACUUUCCUGACCACAGAUUACGGACAGGGAACCAGAAAGGAGAGAAGGAGUCAGUCAGACACCGCCAUAAACAAACAAGCCCUGCUAACAAAGGCACCCAGUCUUCCCAUCCUGUUCAAAAAAGCUACAGCCAAUGAAGAUGAAGACAGAGUAGAUUUUGGCCGUGUGGAGAAAGCCAACUCUACAGAUACACUGUACACCGGAGCAGCGAAAAGGCACAGUACUUGCAGUAUCAGCAGUACAUGUAGUGAAGUUGGCAAUUUUGAGAAUGCCAGAGUCAGCGGAGAAAUUGAAUUCUGCAUCGUGUACAACUACAAGACCUCCUGCUUAGAAAUCCGUAUCAAAGCUUGUAAAAACCUGGCCUAUGGGGAUGAAAAGAAGAAGAAGUGCAACCCAUACGUCAAAACCUACCUGCUCCCUGACAAGUCCCCUCAGAGUAAACUGAAAACAGCAAUUAAAAAGAACACAACAAACCCCACUUUCAGUGAAACAUUAAGGUACAACAUAGACCGGUCUCAGCUGGAAACACGGUCCAUGCAGGUGUCUGUGUGGCACUCAGGAACUCUCAAACGCAAGGUCUUCCUGGGGGAGGUCAUCAUUCCUCUGGAUUCAUGGAAGUUUGAGGAGGACUCCACACAGUCAUACAACUGGUACCAACUGAACUCUAAGCCUGACCGGUAUGAAGAUUGUGUACCAGUACAGUACAAUGGGGAGCUCCAUGUAAAGGUGAAAUUUGUUUUACCAUUGCAAAGCUCCAAAAUCCAGUCUCAACAGCUCUCAGUGGAAGAUCUGCAGAACAAGAUGACUAUCAUCGGUCAACUCAAUGUUAUGAUCAUUGGAGCCAAAAACCUGCCAUCUUUAAAGCCUGAUGGUACUUUAAACUCAUUUGUCAAAGGAUGCCUAAUCCUUCCAGACAACAGGCAGUUGAAACAGAAGACUCCAGUGCUUAAGAAGAAAUCUUGCCAACAGUGGAACCACCAGCUUGUGUUCAGCGGUGUGUUUCUGUGUGAACUGCUGGACUCCUGUCUUGAUAUCACGGUUUGGGACCAUGCUGCCUUUGGCCUCACCGACCGUUUCCUGGGGGGAGUCCGACUAGAGAGGGGGAUACCGUCUACAGACUCCUGCGACAUGGAAGCAGCUUCUGGACAACCUUGGCAAAACAUUCUGAGGAGACCAAACACUUGGAAUGACAUCACACUUGUACUUCAUCCAAAUAUGGAGUUUUUGAUGAAAACCUAACAUUGCCAAUUACAAAUGGAUCUUUUUGGCUCCUUUCACCUAUCUGUGUAAUAGUAAGAUAAAGCUUGUAGAAUAUUAAUAUUGUUGGUCCUUAAAAUGUAGGAGCCAGAUAAGACUAUACUGUAGACCAAGAUAUGCUGUCAUGUUGUGUAUCCAAAGCCCCCUUUAUUAUGUUACUAACUUGAAUGCUCCUCACGCACCUGAAACCUAUUUCAAAACACCAAAUUCAAUUUACUGUACUACCCAACACAGAACACAACGGGGUUUGGAAUGCCGCGGUAUGUUAGUCUAUUGUGUGAUUCUGACUGCAGGAUCUUGUAGUUCACUCACAGCCUACAAUAUACUGUAUGGAGCCACCGCAGCGCUGAAAAUAUAAUAUGCUACUGAACAGCACACACAAGCAUACAUGUGAUGAAUGUAUUUACAGUGCAAGGUCAGUUGGGAAGUUCAAAUAAAUGCACGUCUGCAUUUUCAGCAUGUUGGACUUUUUAAUUUGCUCUUCAAAAAGGGUAUUUGGCAACAGAAAUUACUGUAAGAGGGUUUGUACUCAUCUUUAUUGAUCACAAAUCUAACUAAUCUGAAGAAUACAAUUGGAUUGUACAGUAGAGGUAGAAUUAGAUACCCCACAUGCCAAAGUGAUGAGGGUGGAUUCAUUUCGACAUCCAACACUUACUCAUUCUAUUAAGUUUUAGUAUACUACGUAAAAUAGUAAGGGAAGAUAGGUAUUAUACCUUAUUAAAUGAGACUGCAUUAUCUUUACGUUUAAUAAAGUUUAAUAAUUUUCAAUUGCACCACAUAGCAGUGCAGAAAUAUGUUGUAUCGAUUGCAUCACUGGUAAAUCAAUUGCCUUUUUUUGAACAUUCAUAUCGUACCACCACAAUAAUAAACUGCUUUCACAAGAUUCAACUAAAAUGUACCCUAGUUUAGUAUGAAGUUUUUCUACGAAUCUAUUACAAAUAUAUAUAUUUUUCCCCUGGAAUUAACUCAUUGUCCCAUUAGGUGCACAUGCAAGGCUAAAUAAAAUGUUAGUCAAUGUCUAAAUCAGGCAGAAGAAGAAGAUUCACAUAAUAAAUACAUUACACAAGAGGAGCAGUGGGUGCCCUGAAAAAAAUUGUCCAACAUGACCUAUAAAUGCUCUUAUCCAAGGAUAGGUGUGUCAAUAAAGCCUGGAUUUUGCCCCAGUAUAGGGAUUGAAAAAUAAAAUCUUAAUAUUUCCAUUUAUUGUAUUUUCUGUGUGUUUAGAAGACUGUUUGAAAGGGCUAGAAUUGUUACACAGUGCUAGCAAAUUCUCAACUGCACGGUCAUCCUUUUUAUGAAAUUCCACUACAUACCAUGAACAUAUAAAUAAACCAGGUGACCCUCCUUGUGAGAAUGAACUAAAAACAUAACUUAAAAUAACACAGUUCACCAUAAUCAGUUAGACAAUCAAGUUUCUCUUUUGUAUUACUGUCAAAAGGUCGUUAUCACAAACCAUCUCAAAUACAGUAAUGCUGCAAAAAAACCAAACAAAACCAUAUAUGUACUGUAUAAGGACUUAAAUACUAACCUACAACUUGAUCAAUGCAGCACCGUUAAUUUCCUUUCCACAUCUCAAAGAAAUAUCGCACAUAAACAUGUCCAUAUGUGCAGUUCUACUUAAAGCCACUGGCGAUUAUUGUUUAUAUAUAUAUAAAAAAACACAUGUUUUUUGCAGAUCUUUAUUGCCAAUAAUGUUUUAAGGAACACCUCAGUAAAAAGUGUAAUUCAGGUUAAAUACAAACCAGCAAUUAUGUAGUGGAGGAGCAUUGCUGCCUGUUUGCUUACACUAAACAAAAAAAAAUCUCAACUAUACAUGUUGAAUAAAAAUAAAGAAAACACAGCAGUGGUUAUCUGAAAUAGUUAAAAAGAGUAAAGAAAAAACAGCCCAGAAACUUCAACACUACCAAAAGAGGAAGGCCCAUCAGUAACUUCAACCCAUUAUUAACCUUAAUGUUAUUAAAAAGAAAACAAGAUAAUCAGUGAUGUACAUCUCCUUUGCAUUGCUCAUCAUUGGGUAGUAAUUAGAAAAGGUGCAAAGACAUGUGAAAAAGUUGAUAUAUAAAUAAAAUGUAUGUAACCCUUCAGUUGCGGAGUCUUUUACAAAAUGCUGAUACCGUAAGCUUUAAAACUAUAUAUAAUCUACAAAUGUUAUUUUGGUCUAGAUUAAUUUAUAAAGAAUUUCAUGCAGGUUGAAUUUGAAACUAAAAAAAAUAAAAUUUACAAACAAGAUCUUUCAACUAAAUAAUCUUUAGAAACUCUAGACUGAACACAACUACAUUAUUUUGGUUGAUAUAUAGUCAUAGGAACUUUAUUAUACAACUUUAAUUGUUUCAAUAAUAUACUAUAAUAGCAAAAAUAUACAAAGAAAGAUCAACUACCAUUUUUAAAUUUAUUAGAAUUACCCAUGUAUAAAUACACUAUUCAAUAUUAUUGGUUAUCCAUGAGUAUUAAAACAUGUGUAUGGAAAUGUGCUCUCAAAUGUAUCAAAAACUCAAAAUAAAUCCUCUCGUGCUGUUCUGCAAGUAAUCAGAAAUUGUUUUUAUACUGUUCUCAUCUUCAUUUCUGAGUGGUCCCUGCUAAAACAUCUUAAUAUCUAAAUGCAUCAUUCAGUUCUUGAGGUCACAGCAUUCAGCUGUGGGCAAAUUGUAUACAAUAUUUUAUCGUAUAUGGUAUAAAACAUAGUAUGCAGCCCUGUACAAAGCAAUGGGUUUAGUUUUGGCUUCAAAGCUCUCUAGCUUAUAUGGCACUCUAUUUGGCUACACAUUUUCCAUUCUAAACCAAGCACAAAUCAAACUACAACUAUCUUUGUGUGUCUGUAUUCAAUUAUCCCUUGCAGAGGAAUUCAUAAAGUAUAGUUUUAAAUUCAGAUAAAUGGCAUUGACAUGGGAAAAAAAGAGAUGCAGGUAAUAGCUCAACCAUAUAAAAA